GAUCAUCAAGCUAAAUGCUUAACAAUUUCUAAGCACUCGAUAAACUGAACCGAGCAACACCCUCCUCGCGUGAGGAUCUGGCUGAGCUCCCCGGCCCCGCUGGAAAUCAGAGCCCUCUGCAAAACAAGACUCCUCCCAGAAGGUUCUCCUCGCUGGGAAGCGCGCCUCUGGCCGGGCAUGCUCAGUGCAAAAGGCAGGGCCGGAGGCGGGGGUGGCUCAAAGUUUGGAGCAAACCGUCCAGGCUCCUCCCUCCGGCUAGGCAGCUCCGGAAAGCGAGAGAGAAGCAGGAGAAGGAGGCUACACAGGCCGGAGAAAUCGACGGAGCGCACCGCGCCGUCCCGCGGGCCCCGCCGGGAUCCGGAGUCCGGCAGCGGGGACCCGCCAGGGAUGGAGCGCCGGGCGGCGGGCCGUGGCAGCGCGCGGCGGCAGGCCGGAGGCGGCGGGCCGGCCGCCUGAGCGCCCCCGGAUGGCCCGCGGCGAGACGACCUGCGGGAGCGAAGCGCGGCUGCGGCUGGGCCGGGACGCGGUGCGGCCAGCGCCCGCUCUGCUGGUCCCCGCCGUGCUGCUGGGCACCGCGCUCGGCCUCGGCCUCGGCCUCUGGCUCGGCUGCCGCUCCGUGCGCCCGCGUCUCCGGCACCAGAAAGACGACACUCAGAGUCUGCUCAGGAAUUUGGAGUCUAACAUCCAGACCCCGUCGGCAGCUGGGUCCCCAUCCAGGAGGAGGAAGAGAGAAGCACUGACUUCAAAGGAUGAGGAGCCUCUAGACGAAUACGAGCCGUCUUUCAACAGCAAUAUCACAGCCUUUGCACUGAAGGCAAAAGUCGUCUAUCCCAUCAAUCAGAAGUUCAGGCCUCUGGCCGACGGUUCCUCCAACCCAUCUCUGCAUGAAACCUUAAAGCAGGCCGUCCUGCCAAACCAGCCGCUGGAGGCGUCCCCUUCCAGCAGCCUGGGGAGCCUGAGCCAGGCCGAGAAGGACGACUGCAGCUCCUCUUCCAGCGUCCACUCGGCCGCCAGCGACGACAGGUUCCUGGGUCGCAGCUUCCUCGGGGCGAGCAGCUUCCCCGAGGUGCUGACCUGCGAGAGUGUGGACCUUGACUUGUGUAUCUACAACCUUCACUUAAAAGACCUGCUGCAGUUGGACGCGGCCCUGAGGCAGGAGAAGCACAUGAUGUUUAUUCAAAUUUUUAAAAUGUGCCUCCUUGACCUUCUCCCUAAAAAGAAGUCUGAUGAUGAAUUAUACCAGAAGAUUCUUUCAAAGCAAGAAAAUGAUUUGGAGGAAUUAGAAAAGAGACUUCAGGUCAAGCUGUCAAACACAGAGAUGUUGGGUGGCGGUGACUCUGAAUACAUCACCCUGGCAGAUGUGGAAAAGAAGGAAAGAGAAUAUUCUGAGCAGCUAAUAGCUAAUAUGGAAGCUUUCUGGAAACAGAUGGAAAACAUCCAGCACUUUCUGGUGGACCAGUUUAAGUGUUCCAGCUCCAAAGCCCAACAGCUCAUGAUGACUCUGACAGAAAGAAUGAUUGCAGCUGAAGGGCUGCUGCGUGAUUCUCAGGAUUUGCAGGCUCUGGACACCCUGGAGAGGACCCUGGGGCGGGCACACGUGGUCAAAACGAUGGAGUUCCUGAAGCUGCAGGUCCAGGAGGAGACCAAGUGCCGCCUGGCGGGCAUCUCCCACAGCCUGGAGCUGCUGACCGUCGAGGGGAAGCUGUCCGGGCGGGAGAAGGAGGACCUGCUGACCCAGCAGCACAAGGCCUUCUGGGAGGAGGCGGAGGGCUUCAGCAGGGAGUUUGUCCAGCGAGGCAAAGACCUGGUCAAGGCCUCGCUGGUGCGCCAGACGGAGGAGAUGGCAAGGCUUGCGCUGGCCCAACAGGAGGAGCAGAGGAGCUUCCUGGCUGCGGGGCAGCUGACCACCCACCCCGAGGAGUUCCUCCAGGCAUUUCAUGACGUCCUGGAGAUGCAGAGGCUGACGCGGGGUGACCUGGAGGAAGAGGAGGACGUCAGGGCCGCCCAGGCCAUGGCCGCGCUCUGCCAGGAGCUGUACUGCAGCACCAUGGAAACGUUCCGGAAGUUUGAGGACAUCCUGUUCCUGCAGACGCUCCCCCGUGUGACCGACCUCUCCCAGGCGGAGUGUGAAUACCUGAGGCAGGAGGCCCAGGAGAACUCGACUCGGCAGCUGGAGAAGUCGGACCGCUUCCGGAGCCAGCAGUGGAAACUCUUCCAGGAUCUCCUAGAGCAGGAAAAGCAGUCUGCCGUCAGCUGCAUCUGUUGUCCUAUGACCAGUAGUCGUCUCCUGCAUAUGUGGCUGGUGUGGAUGGAGGAGUGUGCACUGUCCACUCUGCUGCAGACACACCUGAGAGAUGACCAUGAGAACAUCCUCCACCAAGUCUUGGGCCAACUCGGCAGCCUCAGUGAAGA